UCAACCCAUUGCCUAGCUAGUUUGUAGCAACUGUAGCGAUGCCUACUUGCAAACCAACUUGAAUUGGAUGAGCUACGCAAUCGUUUCCAUCUCUCUCUCCAAAGGUAGCUGGGGAGUUGAGUGGAGAAAGACAAGCUGUGAACAGUAACUUCAACACACUUCGUUGUAUAACUUGGGUGGAGAGGGAGCGACAUUUAGAGCGAGAGAGAGAGAGCUGUGCACAAGCAACUGCAUAUACAAGGUUGAGCUGAGUGACGAAGUGUAGUACAAAAACUGUGCGGGCAUUAUGUUUUAAGCACUGUGCCCUUAGUCUCGGUGCCAUUAGGGUCUCCAGGCUCACUCCUGAGGAGUGAUGUGGUUACUGUGUCUGUCUUCUCCUCCUCCACGCCCGCUCGUGUGGCUGUCCGAACCAACAACAGGUUCACGUACCUGGACGCACACUGCUCCGCUGCAGCGCUUGUGCGGAGCUUACGUGCAGCUCCGGUCGCAUGUGUGACCACUAUUGGCUCUUUCCUAGGACGUUCCAGUCGGUGUAGGUGCCACUGCCAACAGCGUCUCGAAGUUGCGCUGAUUUGCGGUAGCCGGGUUUCGCUACGUUCCUUGCGGUGUGGCUGUUUUGUCAUCUGUAGAGGUGAUCACAUCGGUCAUGAGCGCAACAUCUGAGGGAAGUCGGUGACCUCUGGAUGGUGUAUGUAUUGGGAGUCCAUUCUUGCAGUCAUCGCCCUUUGGAUUCCCCACCCUCAGCAGCGUCUCUGUCAACUGUUGCCUGGAGAUUGCUGAAUUGGAAGCUGAUCAGCGCAAUUUGAGUAUUACAAGAAGAGUUCAUAAUAUUCUGCGUGGUACAAGAGUAUCUCUAGGCUGCGGAACUACAGAACUGACAUCAUCUCAAGCUCAGGCUCGCUGCAGACGAGUUCGGUGUCAUUUUGAUCACUGAAGGAGCGUGAAUACUAAGUUGAGAGUGUGGAGUUUGAGUGGUAGAAGGGCUUUUUGCUCCCAAGUUGCAAGGACUAUCUACACAAACUGGACUUGUAAUCAGCUGAAGUCAAGUGAUCAUGGCACUACAUGACAUGUUGGGUGGUACCGUGCUUGCGAAGCGCAAGUGGCGAGGCAUCUCACCUGACAACUGCACAGCGAAGAGAGCCAAUUUCUCUGGCUUCAAUUCUUCUGCUAGUUCUCUUUUAUUAGUCGACAAUAUCGAUAUUCCAGUUCUGCAAGACAUGGACUACUCCCAUCGGUUUUCUGGAGACCAGUAUUUGUAUGAGAUUCUCGGAGAGUUAAACCCAACCUCCUUUCUGGCUGGUUACGGUGAAUCGGAGACGGAGGUUUCGCCCGUCCCUGCUUCCUUUCAAAGUUGCGAAUCUCCGAAUAGUAGCGUGGAGGUGCAGGACCUGGAUGGCAUUGCUGCAGUUGUUGGCCAGACCGUCCUAUUCGGAAAGCCGGAAACAUGCGAUCUUAAUCAAGAUCAUUGUUCGGCACUGCUUACGUCUGCAUUUUCGAUGGAGCGCAGUUCGUGGCUCGCACCGCCCGCGAGGCAAGGGGACAAUCAGCUUGCAGCACAGGUGAAUCAGAUCUCGCCGACACACAGCUGGAACUUUGGUUUGGCGUCGCCAACAUCGCAAUAUCCCAAACAGUUCACCGCCGAUGGCUUGCGAUUUGCGCUAAGUAACUUUCGGCCGACACCUGACAGAAUUCUCAUGAAGCAGUCAGCCGAUGUGAAGCCGAAGUUUCAGCCACAAUUGUAUGGAUCUGUUGAGAAUUGCAGGCAUUCUUUAGAUGUCUCUCCAACGGGAGUGAUGCCUAGUCUAGGUAAAUCCAGUGCUGCAAAGGUCCCAGCGGCCACUAGUACUGGUCGUUCGUUCAGAGGUGUGAGGAAAAGGCCAUGGGGUCGGUGGUCUGCUGAGAUCCGUGAUCGGAUCGGCAGAUGUCGGCAUUGGUUAGGAACUUUUGACACAGCUGAGGAUGCUGCACGAGCGUACGACAGUGCUGCACGAGCUCUUCGCGGUUCCAAGGCCAAAACAAACUUCGCACCUCCAUGCAGUGACGAUCUACGAGGGAAGAUUGAGAGUACUGUAUGUAAUCAAUUGUCUAUAUGUCGCUCUCAACUGACAUCACGUGCCCAAGCAGUGCGGAGGACCAACCCUGCACCCCAAAGACGGUCGUAUGGAAGCACUGUCCCAAGUUACUCCAAGGAAUGCAAGGGUUCUAAAUUGUCAAGCGCGAAAGGCGUCAUCCGUGUCAGUGACGAAGUGAGGACUUCGGAAUUUAUGACCCAUCCUCCAAAGAAGGGCGUCUUAUUGCAGAGCGCGAUGUUGAGCCAAAACCAGGCUCAUGCACUGCUCGGUAGAGACUGCUCGGGCUCCAGUGCGGGUAGAUCACUGGAACUCGACCUUAAGCUUGGAUUUGGUUUGAGUCCGAAGUCGUGCUCGAGCCUUGAGAGUACGCAAGAAUCAACUGUGACAUAUCAAUCGUCGGAGUGCUCUUUUCCUUCUGUGUCGGAACUGUACUCGAGCUCAUCUUUUUCACCAGGGUCCCCGAGUCCAUUGUCAUCGCAUGCUUGGCACUAGGUCCAUAUUAUGGUACACAUUCCUCAUUUUUCUACUGUACCAUAUCAUUGGAGUAGUGUCAUUGUUGACGGUGCGAUGCCAAUUCGUUUCAGCCGCAUCUGCAUAUUCUGAAGAAUGAUCGGCCAAUAAUGUUAUUUCGGCUUGCAUCUUUAGGAUCAUCUAAUGCACUUAUAGUCUGGUCAUCAGCGAUUAGCUAGAUUAAGGAGAGGAUUGUUCAUACAUUGAGACUUCUUUAUGGUCAAACUCUCUCGAUGUGGACUUAUUUAUGAUCAAACUCUCCCGCAUUAGUCAAGCCUGAGCACCCUUGCACAUAUUAAAUAUUGUUCCAGUUUCUGCACAAGUUCGUAAUCCAUGUAUAUGAAGAUACAUAACCAAGCGCUGCCAACUCUUGACUUCA